GUUCUUUUCUUAAUUUUAAUUUUAUACUUACGACUAUAUAUCAUUUCAGGGCGCGCGCACAUAUUUUUGUAUAACGGACAUUAAGGAGCGCAACAGCCCGGUAGCCCAUUCGACACACGAACACUUUAUAAUUCAACUUUGGCCAGCUCGUCUUCCGGUCCGCCAACCAUACAAUAUUACGGGGAGUUUUGACUGCCUAGAUGCUAAGUGGUUAUCAUCGAACCGGGCACAGCAUAGCCUCCUCUAUAUUCAGCAAGUUCAGCCGCUCUAGAAGUGCACCUUCGAGCUAUUCGCCCUAUUUAUACAACCAGAGCCAAAGCAACAUCCGCCUACCGCCGUGCCGCAGCAUUCACACGAGCCUUUCAACAGCCAUGAAGUGGAGCAUUCAGAUCGUUCGGCCCAACACGCACAAUGUCGAAUCAACCUCGGUUCUAGUGCACUUCCCCUCGGGUAGAUACCUGUUUAACUGCAGCGAGGGCACACAGCGACUGAGUUUUGAGAACAAGGUGCGGGUAAGCAAGCUAUCGGCUGUGUUUCUCACGCGGGUAGACUGGGACUCUAUGGGUGGGCUGCCGGGUAUGUUGCUCACUCUGGCCGACACGGGCGCCAAGAAUCUGACCAUCAGUGGUGGUCACAAUCUGAUGCACGCCUUGGCAGCUACUAGGCACUUUAUUCUGCGCAAUCAAAUGGGCGUGCGGGUCAACGAGCUGCGUGAUGGUGACGCGGCCGCAGUCUACAAGGACGAAAAUCUUAAAGUCGCGCCCGUGCACAUUUACCCUGACGGCUACAUGGUGACUGACAGGGAGUGGGGUGCUAAUGAGUCAGAAGAAGCGACAACGCGUAAAAUGCUGGUCGCUCGUGCGUUUGGCCAGCAGCAGCCACAGUCGGCUGCAGCUGCAGACAAGAAGAAAAAGAAAAGUCCGGCUGUGCAGCAGAAGAAGCGCGGUUAUUAUAACGAGCCGUGCGACGGUGCUUCUAUUGAGCAGAAGCUGCAGGAGAUUGAGAAUCAGCACCAAUUGCAGCAGCAGAGAAAGCAGGAGGUUGGCAUGAAGAAGCGCACUCGCUCUCCGGACCACAACUCGCGCCAGGCCCAGAUCUCUGACCUGGCUCUGCCCAGGACCGAGCCGACGCCUGUGGCGCUCUGCUACAUCUCCGAAGGCCCUGAGGUGCCUGGUAAGUUUGACGUCAAUGCGGCCAAGGCGCUGGGUCUGAAGGCUGGGCCGCUGUACGGCAAGCUCACAAGGGGCGAGAGCGUCACGACGGCUGACGGUACUGUCAUCCACCCCUCCCAGUGCGUUGGACCGGCCAGGCUCAGCGGCAUAUUUAUCAUCAUUGAUUGUCCCACCCCGGCGUACAUCAACUCGCUUGUCACGAGUCCGCGCUUCUUCCCCUACCUGAACGCCUCGGACGACGCGCACGCCGAGACUCGGGAGCGGCUUUUGCUUGUCGUGCACUCUCUCGGGUCCGGGGUGGCUCAGGACGAUAGAUAUAAGGCGUGGGUGAAGCGGUUUCCAGCGCAUGUGCGCCACAUGGUCAGCGCGCCUGAGUACGUCCCUGACGAGAACCCUUUCCAACGGCACUUGCGUGUGCAAGCAGCGAUGUCAGCGAUUGACCCGCAGACGUACGUGCUUCCGCAGAGCGCUAGCGAGCCCGAGCUCUCGGUGAGGUCGUUUAUCGACAGCGAGAACGCCAUCGUGCCUAGCAGCCUGAUGGUGUUUGAUAUGGAGCCCAAGCCCCAGCUUGACUGCUCCAAGGUCCAAAAGACGAUCACUCCGCAAGAGAUGCUGAAGAUGGCCACUUUGAAGGCGGCGUCGCAGCAACGGUCUCCCAAAGACUGCACAACAGAAAGCCACGACCACUCCGUCAGCAUUAGCAGCAGUAUCAAUUCCAGCAGCGACGGUGACGAGCUCAUCGUGUGCCCUAUCGGAACUGGCUCCUCGGUCCCCAGCAUUUACCGCAACGUCAGCGCCAAUAUUGUUAGUGUCAGAGGCUACGGCGGCAUAGUUCUGGACUGCGGCGAGUCGACCGUGUCACUUCUAAAGCGCUUCUUGGGUUAUCCUAAGCGCAACGCGUACAACACGCGCGUCGGACUCAAUUACACAGAGUUUGUCUCUUCGCUCAAGCUUUUGUACAUUUCGCAUAUGCACGCCGACCAUCACCUGGGUGCUAUUUUGCUGCUGCACGAGUGGAACCAGUUGACCAAGUCGCUGGCCAGUAAGCCGCGGCUGAGUGUUGUUGCCCCGGCGCGGUUUAUGGCAUGGAUCGAGGACUACUCUGGCGUAGAGGACCUGGGCUUGGAUCGCCUAGACUUUGUCAGCUGCCACAACAUCCGCAUAUCCUACGACCAGGCCGCCGGCGGAGUUCAUUUUAGGAACGGGAUUCCCACGUACACGCAGACCAAUUUGGACAAGAUCAAGGCCGACUUGGGUCUCACGGAUAUGGCCACUUGCAGCGUCAUCCACUGUCCCUGGGCAUACGGCCUGUCGCUGACGCACAAGAGCGGCUGGAAGCUGGUGUACUCGGGCGACACGCGUCCAUGCUCCAACUUGGUCACUUUGGGGCGGCACGGCGACAAGCCCCCAACGGUUCUUUUGCACGAGGCGACGCACUCCGACGAUCUCAUCAAGGACGCCAUUGCCAAGCGGCACACGACAGUGAGCGAGGCCGUGGCUAUGGCACUGGGCAUGGGCGCGGAGAACCUGCUCAUGACGCAUUUCAGCCAGAGAUGCCUGAGUCUGCCGUUCUGGAAGUUGGCCAACGUGCAGGCGUGCAACUUGCCUCGCUACGGAAAUCUUUCGCAGCACCUCAGCGAGCAGGACAUUGUCAACGGAUCCUGUACUAAUCUUGAUUCGGCCAGAGUUGGUAAGAUUGUUCCCGAAGAAGAGGUUGACGAAGAGGCGGCCGUGGACGACGAACCCGACUCGCUCAACGACACGCAGUCGGCCGAGGAGGCGCUUAAGCGCGAGCUGAGCGAGCCGCUUUCGGAUAGCGACACCGACGAUGGCGCGAGUGACCAGUCGCAGGGUGUGCUAGACGGUUUGAAUAUUGCGUCGGCAUUUGACAUGUCCGCAUAUUCGCCCAGCGAUAUGGCGCGGUACAGGCACAACACGCGGCGCUUGCGUAAAGUUUUGCGCGAGGAGAUUCGCCUUUUCAUUGCUGAAGAGACCGAAGCAGCAACCAGCGGGGGAGAGGAGUCAGGGUCAGAAGACAAAAAGCCCCAGAGCAAGACACCAAAAUCAAAAAUGCCAAAGCCAAAAGGCAACAAAAAGGGCGAUAACGGCAAAAAUAGCAGCGAUUGAAUUUGAUUUAAAUAUGUACACCACGCAUCUAUAGAAUUUUUUUUACAAAUUAAACAUCACAUAUUAAUUGACACACAUACAUGGG